AUGGCCCAGCACAAAAGCAAUCGGGCUUUGGCCAUAGUCAAUGCAGCUGCCCAGGGUGGUUAUGCUGUGGCUGCGAUGUGCUGCUACAACAUCGAGGGCAUCAUCGCCUCCGUUCGAGCGGCCGAGGCCAAGAGGUCCCCAGUUAUCAUUCAGCUCUUCCCCUGGGCUAUCGAAUACGCCAAUGGCCUUCUUGUCCACGCCGCAAAGGAGGCUUCGGAUAACGCGACAGUUCCAGUAGCGGUGCAUAUGGACCACGCUCAGUCCCCAGAGAUCAUCCGACGCGCAGCUGAGCUUGGGGGCUUUGAUGGUAUCAUGGCUGAUAUGAGCCAUUAUGAUAAGGAGGAAAACAUGGCAAAGACAAAGGAGCUUGUGCACUUUCUUCACCAGAAAGGCAUUAUUGUCGAGGCUGAGCCGGGGCGGAUUAAUGGUGGUGAAGACGGCGUUGAAGACACUGGAGAUCUUGAGGGAAUCCUAACCACACCAGAGCAGGCGGAUGAAUUUAUUGAACUGGGUAUCGACUGGCUGGCUCCAGCAUUCGGUAAUGUACAUGGCAAGUAUGGGCCUCGAGGUCCAUGCUUAGACUAUGACCGACUGGGCCGUAUACAUGAGUCGACCAAGGGGAGAAUCCACCUCGUUCUCCAUGGUGCCGGUGACUUUGAUGAAAAACUCUUCAAAGAGUGUAUCAAGCAUGGAAUGGCGAAGUGUAAUAUCAAUGACGCCAUGAACAACAAAUUCACAGAUGUGAUGAGGGAUAGGGCUGGGAAAGUGCCUUUGACCACCAUCAUAGAGGAGGGCACAUUGGCGAUGCAGAAAGUUGUUGAGGAGCACAUGGACUGGAUGGGGUCAACAGGCAGAGCCGGAGAGGCAUCGCAAGUGAUUUAA